UACUCACCUCACACCACAACUCAAGCACUCUCAGUCUCGCUGACCUGCUUCUAGUUAAACGAUUGGUUUGCCGACUUCCUGCAGAAUACAUCAUGUUGGUCACUGUCUUUCUUGGUCUGCUGGCUGUCACUCUCAGCCAUGGCAUCGACCCAUCUGACUCCCUGUUUGAUCUCGUCGACGGAAACAAAGAUGGGGUCGUUGAAUUCAGUGAAAUGCUUGCCGCUUUCAAAAACGAUGACUCGAACAAAGACGGACUGAUGACAUUCGAAGAAUUUGCCGCUGGAGCACAUCCCGGGUCGCCCCCUCUUUUGAUGUCGGCAGCUUUUAGAUUUUACGACAUUCGCGACAAUAAGCCAAAUGAUAACUUUCUCGAUUCAGGCUGCCUUGUCGCUCUUUUCAAUGGUCUGGACGGUGACAAGGACGGAAAAAUCACACGUGAAGAAAUUGAAGACAAUUAUUUACCGCUUUUUCUUGAUGACGGUGGAGACAUUGCCUAGGCUGAUUUCUAACAGGUUGCUUUCCAUGACAUCUGGAAGAAAUGAGAAAUAAAAUGUUAAAUCUUUGAACAGUCA